UGGGCGGCUGGGCUGCGGCGCUCGCCGGAGUCGGGGCGGACGCGUGAGAAGGAGGAGGCGGGGGCUGUGGUUGCAGGAGGAGAAGGAGGAGGAGCCGUGGUGGCGAUCACGGCCCCGGGUCCCGCAGCUGGGUUCCCUCCUCACAUGGGGCCCCCUCGCUUGCCGCAGCGGCGGGGCAGACCCUCGUCGGGUUGCUGAGGAGCCGGGGGUUGGCCGCGGGUGGGGUAUGCGGCCAUGAGAGCCCGCGCCGCCCGCAGGCCCUGCUGGCGCCGCCGCUCAGGAUCCAAGAAGAGUAGAGAAGACAGCAAAUUACCUAAGAUGUGAAAAGUCUUCCCUUAGCAAAAUAAAACCUUGUUUUCAAAAUGGACCGAAGUAAGCGGAAUUCAAUAGCAGGAUUUCCACCACGCUUGGAGCGCGCUGAAGACUUUGAUGGUGGUGCUGGAGGAGAAGGGACUGCAUCCCAAAUAGGAAGAGUUUGUACCUCUUCAUACAGAGCCCUGAUAAGUGCCUUUUCCAGACUUACUCGUCUUGAUGACUUCACAUGUGAGAAAAUUGGCUCUGGUUUCUUCUCUGAGGUGUUCAAGGUAAGGCACAGAACUUCAGACCAGGUAAUGGCUUUGAAGAUGAACACGCUGAACAGCAACAGAGCAAACAUGCUGAAAGAGGUUCAACUUAUGAAUAGACUCUCACAUCCAAACAUCUUAAGGUUUAUGGGUGUCUGUGUGCAUCAAGGACAGCUGCACGCACUUACUGAGUACAUCAACUGUGGUAACCUGGAACAGCUAUUAGACAGUAACCAGCAUCUGCCCUGGACAGUGAGGGUGAAACUGGCAUAUGACAUUGCUAUGGGAAUUAGUUAUCUUCAUUAUAAAGGCAUUUUCCACCGAGACCUUACAUCCAAGAACUGCUUAAUAAAACAUGAUGAGAAUGGAUACUCAGCAAUAGUGGGAGACUUUGGUUUAGCAGAGAAAAUUCCUGAUCACAGUGAGAAGUUACCAGUGGUGGGUUCACCCUUCUGGAUGGCACCAGAAGUUCUCAGAGAUGAACCUUACAAUGAAAAGGCGGAUGUGUUCUCCUAUGGUAUAAUUCUGUGUGAGAUUAUAGCGAGAAUACAGGCAGAUCCAGACUAUCUCCCUCGCACAGAGAAUUUUGGAUUAGAUUAUGAUGCCUUCCAGCACAUGGUGGGAGACUGUCCCCCUGACUUCCUCCAGCUGGCCUUCAACUGCUGUAAUAUGGAUCCAAAGUUGCGUCCUUCAUUUGCUGAUACUGUCAAAACACUGGAGGAGAUUUUAAACCGCCUGAGAAAUGAUGACUCAGAGAGAGAGAGAAAGUUUUUGAACCUUGACAACAGUGAAAGAAAACCCAAAGGGUCAAUUGAGAAAGGACCAGGAGUCAAACGUCUGAGUUCCCUGGAUGAUAAGAUCCCACCCAAAUCACCCCGUCCACGUCGGAAUAUCUGGUUGUCACGCAGCCAGUCAGAUAUCUUCUCCCGCAAGCCUUCCAGGAAGAUAAACGUGCAGGACCCCUACUAUACACCAAACAAGGCAUUAGGCCGGAAAGUUAAUCCCUUCAGUGCCCGUGAGGACCUCAAAGGGGGGAAGAUCAAAUUCUUUGACAUGCCAAGCAAGUCUGUGAUUUCCCUGGUGUUUGACUUGCAUUCUCCAGAGGCAGGUGGAGGCCUGAAAGCCAGCCAGUCCCAAUUCCGGCAGGCAUAUAGCACAGACUGGCAAGAAUUUUCCCUUCUUCCUGGGAGGAGAUGCAGAUCACUUCCGCUGUCUCCUGAGCUGCCACACAAGGAAUAUGGCCUGUUUGGGGGACUGUCUUCAACUGUCAGCAGGUGUGACCCAACCCAGCUAGGUGCAGAGGUUCGGCAAAAACUCCUGAGUAGCACUAAAUACGGUGUGUCAGAGAUUCCUCCCUUUCAAGCCAAGCCUCACAGGCCAGAAUUUCUUCCUAUACCUGGUCAAGAAGAGGAUAUGGACUGUUCAGAUGGGCCAGUGGCCCAGGAAGAAAAUGGGUUUUGCCCUGCUGAGAACACUUGUGGAGAUCCAGCAUGUAAUCAACCUUCAGUGCUGGCCCAGCCUGAGCCACUAUCUUACAAAAAGCUCCCAGUUGAGAAUUCAGUGAACUCUGAAGGUCAUGGCUCCUCACAAGUGUUUGCAGGUUGUCUCCCUUCUGAAGAGAUGGAGGUAGAAGAUGACCUGCUGAAAAAUACUCCACUAGAGUCUACAAAGCCUCUGUUCAGUGUUAGUCCUUCCACCGAGCUGAAAAGAGAGGCAUGGCCCUUCAGGAAGCAGGAUGGGGACAGUCCUGCCCUGUUGUCUCAGACCUCCUCCAACAUCUCCGCAAGUGGUAGCACACAGUCAACUUGUGACAUAUGAAGAGAGGGCUCAAAAUGAACCUGUCCUUGAGGGAACAGUUGUUCCCAGUCACUUAAACUCUGUGUUUUCUAUAGUGCUGGGUUUCACAUUCGAAAGAGAUUCAGCAGAUGGUAGAAACUGGCUGUUAAACAGAUAGCUGCAGACAGCGUCUGGAAAGACUGAUUAUUUUAACUUUAUUUCAAACUGUGCUUAUUCCGUACCCUGAUUUGUAUUAGGAGGGGGAACUAGUCCAGCCAGCAUGGCCAUGUGGGCCCCAGAGUCCUUCCAAGAGAGAGCAGCCAGAGCAGGCACCAUGUAAACAGUCUGACCCAGAUCCCAGCAUGGAGCAUUUCAAGACCUUAAGCUCCAUAUUGGGUAGAAAGCGCAACCCUUAGGUUUUCCCUCUUCCUCUGACUGACCAGCUGCUCUAAACCACUGCAGAUUUGCAUUAGUGUUCUGCAGCAGUGCAUGUGAGUUGGAGCCUGUAGAAAUGGGCACAGAGAUCUUUCAGAGCUAUGUUGAGCAGAUAGGAAUGCUCUCUGGUCCCAGAGCUACUGAGUGCUGGUGCAGCAUUAUACAAGUUUUUCUUUCAAAAGCAGCAAAACCAAACCCCCUCAUGCUGGUAGCAAUCUGCAGGCUGAGUCACAUGACAAAUACUUUGCGAUUAACGAGAAGAGUCUGUUCCCUGGUGUUUUAUUUUCCCUUGGGACUUGGUAAUGAUGUGUAACACAUUAGUGCAGGGAAGCACCGCUCUCCUCCUUGCACAGUUCUUCAUGUAUCUCAACCCAAAUGCGGAGGAAGAUUUGUCCAGGGUUCAAGAGGGGAGCCAUAUUCCAGGCAUUGUCUGUCAUUUCUGGGCUUCUGGAGAAACUGCCACUGAAAGUACCAGUUGUACUGAGCUUUUUGGGGGGUAGAAUGGACAUCAUGAUGUGUUUCUGCAGAAUAGUCAGUUAAAUACAGUAUCUACAUCACAGUUGACUAUUACGACUAAGCUAGGAGGGUCACAUUCACCUUCCUCUCUGGUACAACAUCCCAUCUCACUGAUAUCAGUGCAGUAAUGACGGCUCCUUAUUUAAAACCAGACUGCUUGAGAGAGGACAGGAAUCCCCUGCCCAGGGGAAGUUGCCAGCAGUGUUGCAGCCACACAAGAGGUCUUGGAGGAAGAUAGACUCACAGAACAGCUUUGUAUUGUCAAACUGAAGAAAAUUAGCUUGCCUCAAAUUAACUUUUUUUUCUUCUACAGAAGGAAGCUGUUGUCGUCACUGGCUUCUGUUAUCACUGAAUAGGAUUAUCUCUUUUUUCUUUUUUUUUUCUUUCUUCCACCAGCAGGUACAUGUUAAAGAAGCAAUGGCAUAAGCUUUAAUGCUGCUCACUUGAUGUGAUUUAUGGGAAAGUUUGUUCUGUGAUGACAUUUGUGCAACAUCCUGCCCUUUUCCACUAUCGUUAUCCCAAGAACAUGGGAUUUUUAAUUUUUUUUUAACCUGUAGUAUCAUUCCUGAGGUCUGCAUUGCAUGCCUGCUGAGCAGAUGGUGAUGCAGUGGAGGCCAGAAUUUCACCCAGGUAGCCUGUUAGGCUCUCUUUGGGCUCUCGUGUAAGGAUGGAAAAUGUAAGCUAGUCUCUGAUGGAAGCAAGACUAUUCCUACUCUUUUCCUGUCUCAAAGAAAGGAUGAAGGAGAAAGUUUUAGUUCUUUCUUGGCAGAGAUGCCAAGGUUUAGGUAACUAUUCUGUGAGUUAUAAUUGUGACUUCCUCUUGUGAAAUAUGUGUUAACCUGAGCAGCAGUUAUCCCUUUGCAGUGGCUGUGAAGAAUUAAAUGAGAAACCCAGUGUCGCUGAGUUACGUAGCACAGCCCAUGCCAGAUUAGGCAGCUGUUAGCAGUUUGACAGAGAAAAAGCCUAUCCUUACCAAGAUCACCCCUUUUGGCCCACACGUCUCUGCCUCUUGAAGGUCCUGAUCAGUAGUCUGUCUUGUGUAUCUUGUCUGCAGAGUGCAGAGCAGCUUGGAUGGCUGACACUGUGUGUGUGUACUUUCCUUUGAGGACAGGGAAACAGGCAGUGAAACUCAAUUGCCGGCUAGUUGCCUGCCAGGUGCUUGGUUUCUUUUUCUUUCUUUCCCCCUCUUUCUAUCUCUUAUACAAUUGUAAUCUUUUGGGAGGGAAACACAUCAACACCAGCUUCUGUUGUCAUAAAAUGCAUUUAGGUGCGUGACUUCAGACAAACAAGCAAUAAGGAAUAGUUUACUUCUAGAUCACCAGGCUGUGAGGAAGCUGUCCGGCAUCCUGCAGCCUCAUCAGAGAGCACACGCACACCUCUGGCUGCUCUGUGGCUUGCAUUUGCCCUGGUUGUCAGCGCUGACACCUCAUGAAGCCUGUUGCCCUCUCUGGCACUGUCUGCAAAGCCUGUGCAGUCAGCUUGGGGUACCUCUGUGGUGCCCAUUACAGUGACCUCAUCUGUUUUCUUACACCACUGUCUCUUAAACUGUUUCCCUACUCUGAAUAGUUCUCUUACAAAGCAGCAUGGCUAAAAUUUUAUUUUCUUAAAUGUCCACUCUAAGCACAGCCAGCUGACAUGCAUAGGGCACAUCUGUCAACUUUUCCAGCUCUUUGUACUGAGGUGGAGAUGUCAGAAAGAGAAAUGUCAAGGAAUAGCAGCUCAGGCCCUUCCUGGAUUCAUGGUCUGCAUGGUAAAAGAGGCAUAUGUAUGGAACUGGAGUGAAAGGCCAUUUUAAAACAGCUAAGUGCUUGCUAAACCCAGUGUUUCCAAGGGUCUGGAUGUGGUUGGCACUCACUACAUCUCAUGCCUUUGGCUGUGUAAAGCUGAAUCUAGGUUGCACAUAGUAACUACUCUUAGGGUUUUUGCCCUCCUGAGGGUGCUUUUCUACUGGGGGCCAUUUUCUGACAGCUAUUGAUGAACACGAAUACGAACAUGUGGCCAGCAAACUCCUUGUUUUAUAGUGAUGUGACAAAGUUUUAUUGUGAUUGGAUUUUAUCAUGAUUUUUGACUUUCUUAUGAGAGCAGUUCUUGCUCUUUUAAAACACUUUCUACACAUUGCUAGGUUCCCUGAAGAGAUCAAAGAUGUUUUUAAUUCACUUUAAAUCUUUCUGUGUUGAAUACAUUUAAAUGUCUGUUAUAAGCUAUAUUUUUGUUGUGGUUGCAGGUUGAUAAAAUGCAACUAAGAGAAUGCAUGUGAACUGCUGCCCCUCAAAAGCAGUGCAGACAAGGGGCUAUAGUAGACAUACUUGUUGGAGAGGCAUUGAUGUAUUGUGUGUAACAGAACAUUGGUAUUUUUUGCCAGUACAACUAAAGACACUUGAAUAAUUCCUGUUUGCACUUAAUGCUAUUGUUUAUAUUGCAUGUCACUACAUUUCUAUGCAAAACAAAUAACCUUUUUUUUUUGGGGAGGAGGGGCAGCCAGAUAUUUGAUUAAGUAUAAAGAUCUUUGCGAGAUGAUCUAUUUUCGUAUUUAUGAAGGAGUUUUACGUCUUAAUAUUUUGCAGUCUGUAAAUAGCUCAACUUGUAAUUAAAGGCUUAGGAAGAAGUUUGUAGCCUGUGUAUAAUAGUAAGUUAACACUGCCAGAAAAAAAAAAUCUUUGCAAAACAACUUUUCUAAUAUUGUGGAUAUUUAUGAAUAUGUAAAGAAAGCACGUCUUGUUUUUAUGUUGAUUGACCUUCUGACUUUUUUGAACUAUAGAAAUGGUGUAUGUUUUAUUGGAACUGCAAUAAGAAGUAACCAAAGAUGAAUCCAGUUAAAUAUUUUCAUAAUUUUUUCUUGGUCAGGUUUUGUAAACUUUCCCAACUUGCUUUCAAAAUAAAAAUAAAAUCAAGGCCUGAGUCUUGUGAUUAA